CGUGCGAGUGAGUGAGAAAAGCCUGUUAGUUCGCCGAGAGGGGUCGGAAAACCCGGAACGAUCGAGGAGGCUCGUCCCGAAUGACGGCUCCCACGGAGUCAUCGAAGUUUCCGAUUGAAUGACAAUAAAUGGAACAAUACUGGCCGGCUGCAAGGGCGCUGUUUGAGGAGUGAGCCACGGAACCCACGGAAAACGAUGCGCCAGAAGUAGCGACGGUACAGCGAACGGAAAAGCCCAGGCAGCGAGCUGCGAUUCGGCAAAGCAAUACAUACGGAAGCAAUUUCAACCCUCACAUCAACGCACCCCGUAGCAUAUAGGCGAAGGGUCUACGAGUGCGUUAGGACUUGGUAGAGCAGCGCAGCAGCAGAAGUAGCACCAAAAGCAGAGUAGUCCUUCGAGACGUUCUACACCGAUGACCAUGGCGGACGAGAUAACUUCAUCGGCGCGACCCGCCUAUAAAAAGCGCAGUUCGUCGAUUUCGGCCCCGGCCUGUGCGAGUCUGGAGACGAUCAUCAGUCCUCCGUCGGAGAGCGAAACACCGGACAACGGGACGCCAGGAUACCGGCGGCGGAAACCGGCCACACGAUCCCAGAGUGCACGCAUCACCGGACCUCGAUCGGUACGCCGCAAGCCACAACCACCACCACAAACCCUGCAGGACUCGCGAGGACACUGCACAAGCGAACCGCGGCUGAACGAUUCCGAAACGCCACCACCCCAGAAACGCCGAGGAUCCCAACGACGUCCCAUGCACAAUUCAGCCACGCCAAGGAAGUCGAAUGCGUUUCUGGACGUGCCGCAGAUCAACCUUCAGCACCUGCAGAUAGACGACCAGGAGGAUGACGACAACAUCAGACUGAGAACGUUCAGCUCAUCAAAGCAGGGCGUCGUGAAUCGGGGUGAUUCGUUCCGUAGAAGGCGCUCGAGAAGCAACAGCUUGGCUCCGGUCAGUCCGGUGCGGGUUACCAACGAGAUCCUGACGCCUCCAACCGGUCCGACGGACUCGUACUGCGUGUUUAUGAUUGGAGCGCCAGGUGUCGGCAAAGGUGCACUUUUGUCGCAGUUCCGAUCGUCGGAGUGCAUCAACGCAUACGACACUCGAGAGUCCCCGGGUGAGCAGAACAUAUCCAUCAUACUGAAUGGGGAGGAAUCGGAGCUGAAGUUCGUGACCGACAAUUUAGGCAACAAGGACGAGAUGCUGAAGGCGGAUGCGUUCCUAGUUGUGUACUCCGUGGUGGACAAGGCCACAUUUAGCCGGGCGGACCAACUGCUCAACAUGCUGCACGAUAUGGACGUGAGCCGGUCGCGACCGACGAUUCUCGUGGCGAACAAGAUCGACCUCGCUCGGUCUCGGGCCGUAUCCUCCCAGGAUGGAAAAUGCUUGGCUUGCACCCACAAAAUCAAGUUCAUCGAGGUGUCCGUCGCAAUCAACCACAACGUGGACGAGCUACUGGCGGGCAUUUUGUCUCAGAUUCGUCUGAAACGGGAGCAAUCCGCCGUACAGGGAACUCGGGAGCCUUCGUCUGCGCAUUGGUACAAAAACCGCAGCGUCGUUCGGGCUUCGAUGAAGGCACGCCAGAUGAUCACGUGGAUAUUUGGCAAGGAGGACUCCAAGUUUAAGAACUGCGAAAACUUACAGGUGCUGUAAGACGGAGUGGCAUACGAGAGAGACUUCUUGUUGAGAACUCUACAGCUCGUGGCAGGCUCAUCUAUAGCAUCACGCCACAGGCAACCCGUCUUCGAACGGUUAAACGUGACGCGGAUUAGGCAUUCUGCGGCAGUUCGGAACAGAAAUCAGCCUAACGCAUCGCUGUACAUGAUGCGAGAGGGUGCAAGGAUCACAUGUAGUACGUAAGCUGUACGUCGUGUAGCAAACAAAAUCCCACACAACUGAGGCGAUAUCAACCGGCAUCGUUACUAUUGUUAUACAUCUUGUUAAAAGUGCCUUUGUCAGCGUAUCUGAAUCUGCGUAGAUAUGUAUAAUGAAAAUUGAACGACGAUGUACAGGACGGUUUCUUUAGCGCUUGAGCAGCAGCAUAUUGUGGGAACGUGGGAAGCUAGGAGGAGCGAGCGAGAAUGAGCGAGAAAAGGGUUAGUCAGGCAGUUGGUGUCGGUACAUAUUCAACGGCCGAUCACAUCAGGCCAACGCAAAUCAAAUUAAACGAUAAGUAAACUUAUUACCAUGUGCCACGCUGCAGUUCUUUGUAAACUCUACUCGACACUUAAAAAACACUUUGUUUUCCAUCGUUUUUCCAAGAAAACAGUAGCUCGCAGGUCUUUAAACGUAUGUUAAACAUAUAUACACAUAUAUACAUAAAAUAUAUACAUAUAUACAUGCAUCUUUUCUACUUAAUUGAAAGCUAAUAUAAUAAGCCGACAUAGCGGGAGGUUUGUAAACAAAAUGAAGGCAAACAAUAAAAUACCUUAAAAGCAACAACACGGGCGAUGGCACGGGCAAAAAGAAAGGAAAGAAAUAUAAAAUAUAACAACAUAAAAGAAAAACAAACAGAAGAAAGGAAGGAUUUUGAAAGCAUCAAACAUUAGGCAUACGGUUGGAGAAGGUGACAAAAAAUAUAAGCGCAUACACGACGAGACACAAACAAUAAUCAUGUGUAAUGGCAGCAAUAAACGAAACAUCGUAAUCAUUGAACAUCUUCAUCCAGUAUUCUGAGGGCUUGUUCGCGAUGUUGGCAUAGCAACCGUUAAUGCGGACUGUGGCAGCCUGUUUCGUCGGCAAGGAACGCGUAACACCACUGUGUCGUAUAGGCUGGCGUAUUAUAUAGGAAGCUCCAACUAAACCCGUUCAUCAUCCAUACUUCAUCCAGUAGAGCACGUGCAUGGGUAAAGAUUCAAAUAAACGGCUGUAACUGCGAUGUCGUGGGAGUGAAAGUGUUUAUACUACCGUUAUUUGUACAUUGAUCAAUGUUUUGCAACGCGAUCAAAAUAAUUCAACAUAGUUAAAAAUAGCAACAACAAACAAAACAUCCUCAAAACCCCGAUUAGUAAAUCGAUACUUUGAACCAAACUGGCCAUCGAUGUCGUUGUAAAGUGUGAAAACUGUGAAAAGAAAACCCUUAAAUUGCACCGUGAAAUAUUAGCAUAUAUUAUGAUGGUUGGUGGCGCUGUUGUACGUUCGAAUGUUCUAUUACACGUAUUAGAGGUAUAUGGGGACACGCAUAUAAAGUUAAUAAUAACAAAUUCAAUUAAUAUUUGAACGGAUACGAAAGCAAUCAACCUGUUCAUCAUCCCCGGUCCAAAGGCGAAUAAUGCACGAGACGAUGAUUUGUGCCAUUAUCACCAAUAGUGUUGCAUUGCGUUAGUCUACGUAACGGAACAAAUUUCUUUUCUUAAACUCAACAGAACAUAUCUGAAACCAGCUACAAAAUUGAAUAGUUUCUCAAUGUGAAGCAUGAACUGCUUUAUUGUUUACCCGUACAGUGAGGCAAACCAAACUAUCGUUCCUCGUUUGUAGUACUUUAAAGGGUUUAAUUUUCUUCCUCUGCUCGCCCGGUAAACAUAUGCACUUUCAAGCGAGAGUUGAAAACUAGUUACGAAAGCAAACCUGACAAUAACAAAAAUUAGUAAGUGUUGCUCAUGAAUUCUAUCGUUUUCCGCUGACGUUGGCUUUAUCUGUUCUUCUCCAAGUUUGAAUGUGCAUAGCCGGAAAGUCCAUGAUCCACUCACUAUGUUAUUCCUUUUGCCUAGAGUACGGACCAUCCAGAAUGUGCGACAAAUAUAGCUGUUGAACAAUUUCUAAAUCACACACACCAUUUCCUUCGCCUUCCAGCUGUUUUAGAACAAAGCGAUUGUUAGCACCUUUCCUAAAAAAAAUUUGGUACAUUUUUCCUCAGUGUCCGAGGCUUCCAUCUAAACUAUUAUUCAGUAGUUAGCACGAUACGCUAGAUAACACACUGGUUGAGGGAAAACAUAACUUCCGCGACAGUGGCCAAAUUCUGAAUCUAUCUCUUAAAGCAAUCUCCGAUGAUUUUUGAAACUUGUCAAUACCUUCAGAGUCCGCCUUAGGCAUAUAUUGGCAAUACUUUACUAACGGCACACAUCCGAUAACACUUACCGCAACAGACGCGACUCACUUACAUUUGUCCAUCCACACCAGCGUGUACGCGCACAACCUCUUAUGGCGCUACCUGUCUACUCUAGUACUUUGUUCGGAUCAUUGUGACUUUGUGAAACAAUAAUCAUAACAGUAGAAACAAAGCAAAAACCAAACAGCAAUAAAUCAUACCGUAAGAACGCUAUCCAAUAACAUGGAGCGGAAUGGCUGGUACGGAAUAUGAAAAUCAAAGAAUAAAAAAAGAGCAUACAAUAGUAAGUAAUAAUGAUAAUAUCAAACAUGACGAUCAAACGCAUGAUGCAUUCGCUAUUUGUAUAACAAAACGUUUAAGCAAAGUUGAUAACUCGUUAACUGUGGGCCCAAAGAUAAUAAUAAUGUAAGGAAGCGGAGAAGAUUAAUUCAAUCGAAAUGGACGGAGAAAGCGAAGAACGGAACGAUGUCGUUUGUGUCCUUCCCUGUUGUCCUUGAAACGGAACACCCUCUCUCGAAAACUAAAGUAAAUAUGAUCCAUCCAAAAGCACCACUCUACUGUCUAUCGUUGUCCAUCGGAACGGCAUCAACCCGUAGAUUUAAUACUUCGAAACGAGUAGAGUAAACCUUAGUGUAAGAUUGAAAAAGGCUCGCACGGCCCUCGAACGGCGGAAAGGAUAAUAAUAAUUCGCGACUGUCGAGAGCGCCACAUGUCGAUAAACAUUAACACAAUAAAAACCAAAACAGAAAUUAAACAUUUGGCAAAACACACAAUCAGGCGCAAACAGGGCCUGCACAUGCACAUCUACCUGUACAACUGUACAAGCUAAGCUUAAAUAUUGAUUUAGUAUACUUUGUUUUCCUUUUUCUUAAAAUAAAACAUAAAUCGUUCAACUGACAAUGGGAGGUGGCUGACUAU